CAUUGGUUGAGUGUCUGUUAAUUACUUAUCAGGACGUGUUAAAUGCUGUCACUGAGUAGUACCAUUGCGACUGGAAAAGUUCUACACUUCGACAGAGUGACUUCAGACCACAGAUCUCAGCCUUCGAUUCUCAAUUCUUCAACUAUGGACAGCUUUACAGAUAUCACUCCUGAGAAUGGCCAGCACGUGUUGGUGACCGGCGGGGCAGGGUACGUCGGCUCCACGCUCGUGCCCAUCCUGCUACAGGAGGGCUACCACGUCACGGUGUUCGACAUCUUCAACUUCGGGGUGUUCCCGCUGCUGCCCGUGGCCGGCCACCCCAGACUCAGGCUCAUGGAGGGGAGCAUCACGGACGAAGUCAAGCUGGCGGACGCCAUGGCUGAUGUGGACGCCAUCGUUCACCUGGCCGCCAUUGUGGGAUUCCCUGCCUGCGCGGCCCACCCGGAGAAGGCCAUCAAAAUCAACAAGGAGGGCACCGAGAACAUUGUCCGCCUGCUGAAACCACACCAGCGCAUUGUGUACUCAUCCACCGGGUCAUGCUACGGCGCGGUGGAGGGGAUCUGCACCGAGGACACGCCCAUCAGCCCGCUGACGCUCUACGGGGAGACCAAGGCAGCUGGGGAGAAGGCCGUCAUGGGCGCCGGAGGAGUGGCGCUCCGCCUGGCGACAGUCUUCGGGGCCUCCCCUCGGCUGCGUCUCGACCUGCUCGUCAACGACCUGACCUACAAGGCGCUGAGCGGACACCACUUCGCGCUCUACCAAGCCUCCUUCCGCCGUACCUUCCUGCACAUCAAAGACGCCGCCAUGGCCUUCGCCUUCGUCCUUAGGAACUACGAAAAGAUGUCCGGCCAGGCCUAUAACGUUGGUUCUGAAACCAUGAACCUGACAAAGGCUGAGCUGGCCAAAAAGAUCCAGGAGUUCAUUCCUGAGUGUGUGAUCACCUUGUCAGAUGAGGGUGAGGAUAAGGAUAAGCGAGAUUAUGAAGUGUCCUAUGCUAAGCUCCGCUCGCUAGGCUACAAUACAACCCUCACUGUGGAUGAUGGGAUCCGCGAGCUUGUGAAGGUCAUGCCCUUCCUGUCAGACAGGGAGCUCCGCACAUGUUCCAAUGUUUAGGUCUAUAGCCAAUAUUGGGCUCGCUUCUUGGGAGCGUCGACAAAAAUUGUAACCAUUUGUAACACAUUUGUAACACAUUGUACGAGUGUACCUCAUUUUUAGUUCCCCCAGUCAGUAUUAGAAAAUUACAUUUUUUUGUCUCCUGUGAUAUGGCUUGUAAAGCAUUACAGUUAAAAUCAAUACUGAUAUUGAUAUGUAUUUUUAUGUAUUUGUAUACGUAGCUGAUUUAGAACAAAAUCAAAGUUGUCGCAGUGUAGUAGGUUGGGAUGGUUUCAACUAUCAAGGCGAGGACAUGUAGACAAUUGAAAUAAACGUUUAAUGUAUUUUGGACAUUGGAAUGGAAUGGAUUAAAUUCUAGUACAUAUGAUUUUGUGUUAUACGUGAAAUCGCAUGUAUUUUGGUGGUAUCAUCAUUUGAUAAUUUGAACAUCAAUGUACGGAAUUGUAUCUAGAUUUAGCUUGUGUAAGUAGGUAGAUGUAAAUACUUCAUUGUGUUGGGCACUUACAUAAAUCUACAAAUCACACAGUACUAUAUUGAUGUAUCAUUAUAACUUUGUAUCAUGUGAAAGCAAAAUAAAGCACAAGAAUCAAAUUUUCAA